UGUGGCUUUCUCAGUGGCCUUGUCAGCUCACAGCAGAAGUGAACAGCCACGAGUUGAGGAAACUGUGGCUGGGCAGGCAGCAAAGUAGUUCUGCUCCCUGUCACUGUCCUGCCAAUUCGUGACUGCCUGCCGAGCCCAUGCACAGCUGAGAGUCUAACAGGGAGAGAGGCCAAUCUGACCCCUGUGUCCUAUGACAAUGUUGUGGCAAGCUGUCAACCUCACACUCCUUCUGCUCCUCAAGGGAUAUCAGGGCCAAGAAUGCUCAGAUUCUACUGAUCCUGUGGUCGGCCUCUCAGGACUGCCUCUCAGUCUUCGGCCUCUCAACACACAGAUGAAGGAAAAGGCUGUUGAAUGGAGAAUGCAGCUGCCCUCACUUGGAAAGUGUAAAGCGAUACUGAAGUGGAAGAAUAAUAAAAAUGUGAGCUAUGCUACAUGUGCCUUAGAGUAUUUCAAUAACACACUUGAUUUUGAGAGUGAGAACUGGACUCUUCUCAUCAAGUCAGCUAAGCCACAGUACAGUGGACUCUACAAACUGGAGCUGACCAAUGCGAAUGGGACCGUUUCCUGUUUCCAAUUCAAGGUCUCUGUGUUUGAUCAUGUAGAGAAGCCUCGCCUGAAGGAAGAGUGGAAGGCUGUGGGUGAAGGAAAAUGCCUAGUGAAUCUCUCCUGCUUGGGCUCCAGGAAUGGCAAUGUGAGCUAUGCCUGGUACAGAGGGAGCGAGUUGAUCCCGACACUGAGAAACCUCUCCCAUCUGGUGGUGCAUCUUGAUGCUAAUGAGCCGGACAUAUAUACCUGUAAUGUCAGCAACCCAGCCAGCUGGGCAAGUGAAAGCCUCAACCUCACCCAGGGCUGUCUGGAACCCAGAUUUCCACUCUUAUUGGUGGUCAUCGUGAUUCUAGUUGCAUUGUUUCUUGGCACCCUCACUUGCUUCUUUGUGUGGAAGAGAAAAAGGAAGAGGUCACAGUCCAGCCCACCGGAACUUCUGACAGUGUAUGAAGAUGUCAAGGAAAUCAGAAGGAAUCAAUCUUCUGCUUCCACAUCACAAUCACAAGAAACUGCUGUUACCUUAUAUUCAGUAGUACAGGUUUCCCAGAAGGCUAGAUUCAAGAAGAAGAACCAAGAUCCUUCCUGCAAUUGCACCAUCUAUGCACAGGUUGGAAAUAGACCACUCGAGGCCUGUAACUCUGCCCGAUUGGGCCGCAAAGAGCUGAAGAUCUUUGAUAUUUAUUCCUAGUUGCUUUAGCUGUUCUAACUUCUCUUCCAUGUAAACACCUGCUUUGGGAAUCAGCAGUAUGGAUGAUGCUGGCUGAGUCUCUGUGGAACAGUUCUUAGUCUGCAGAGGAUGUUGAAGAUUAUUCAUGGGCUAUGCUUUAUUUUGAAAAUGAUUUUGAACAGCUGUUACAAGAGCCAGGUUGUUGAAUAAUAUCUCUCCAUUUGCAGAUCAGAGAAGAAUGGGCAGAGAGGUUGGGUGAACCACACGCUGAGCACUUGUGAUCUGUAGAACGUCAUGUCACUGUAGAUCCCAUGCCCUAGUUUUCUAACCUGUUACUUGUUUCCCUCCUUGCUGAGCUGGGAUGAGCACAUUUCUAGAUGCUCCUCUUUCCCAGGCCUGCCUUCCAAAGCAAGAGCAAAGAAGACUGAUGGUGACUUGGAGGCUGUGAGCUGGUAGGCAGAUUCUCACAGCGGGGACCUAAGCUUCAUUCAGAUGCAAGGGGAAAACACCCCACCCUGAUCUCACACCUUUAGCUCUGGGCAGAUGUAGUGGUGUAGGUCAUCUUCGAGAAGGAAAAUUACCCCAAGCUCCAAGCCCAAGGAGUCCUGUAAAUGGGAGGUGAAACCAGCUGUGGUUUGACUUACAAAGACUCAUUACUGAUCCCGCUCCUCUUGGGGACUGGCUAGGCUGGCUUCCUCCUACAGUGCAGUGUGGAAGACCACAUUUUAAAGCAAGUGCCUUUUUCUCAGAAGAAGAGGUUUCUCAGAAAUCAUGUCCUAUUUCAGUUCUGCCACCUGGAGAGAGGACUCAGACAGUUUUGUGCCAAGGAAGAGGCAGUUGGAAAGCGACACUGUGCUGGGCUUGCUGAUCUUCAGCCCAGCCCCUUAGCAAGGUCUGGGGGAGCACGACUGAGACUGAUUGAGCCUGGAAAGGGAAAAAGGGGUGAUGGUGAACUGGGAUGGGAUUAUCAGAGACCCCAACUGGUGAUUCUGUUGAGGUUGCUUCUUCAAUUGACCCCACCCUGCACUUACUGUAUGAAUUUAAUAAAAAAAAAACCUUUGGUGUUAUACAGAGGAUGUCUAAA